GGGUCUCAUCAGUGGAUUACUCCAGCAUCAUCAUGAGGAUUUUGCCCGUUCUCUCCAUCAUUUUUGCUCUCUUUGCCAUGAGCAUGGCAGGUCCAGUUGGCAAGGAGGUGAAGCAGCAGAAGGUGACCGAUGAGCAUGCAGCCAAUCAGCUGGUGACAGAUGAGCAUGCAGCCAAUAAGGAGGAGGCUCCUGUGGACACUCCAGUUGGAUCAGAUGCGGAUGUGAACAUUGCUACUCAGGAAGAUCUUCUUGGUGUGAAGGGGCUGGGGGAGGAGGAAGAUGCUGAGCUCCUGGAUGCUGAGGUCCUGAGUGCUGAGGGUGAGCCAGCUGAGGCCAAGGCUCCUAUCCAGAAGAGGGUUGUUGGUGGCGCCGUCGUCUCCGGCCGUUGGGUUAGAUGGCAGGUGUCUCUGCAGUACAGGUCUGGCAGUACCUUCAAACAUCUGUGUGGAGGCGUGCUGGUCAAGAGGAACUGGGUGCUGACCGCUGCUUCAUGCGUGCGCCACCGCAGGGCCUAUCGUGUGGUUGUUGGUGAAAAGAACCUCAACCAAUGCGGGGGCGAGAUGCUGAGUGUGAGGCGCAUCUAUCGCCAUCCUCAAUGGAGAAAUAGUCUGACUCGUGGCAACGACAUUGCCCUGCUGCGUCUGUCCUCCUACGUCACCCUGGGCACCUAUGUCUCUCUGGCCCCUCUGCCACCAGCCGGCCAGGUGCUGGGACACAACCAUCUCUGCUACAUCACCGGGUGGGGCCGUACUGCAACUAGGGGUCGCAACUCCAACGUAAUGAGGUAUGCGACUAUGCGUACGGUGAGACAGAACAUCUGCCGCAACCGCUACUGGUGGGGUCGCAGCGUCAACAGCAACAUGAUCUGUGCUGGAGGCAACGGCAGACAAGCUGGAUGUUACGGGGACUUCGGUGGAGCCUUGAACUGCUAUGUUGGCCGCAAGUAUGUGGUCCACGGCAUUGCCAGCUUCGUCUCCAGCCGCGGCUGCAAUGUAGCGAGGAAGCCCACUGUCUUCACCCGCGUCUCAGCCUACAUCUGCUGGAUCAGAGGAAUCAUUGGAUGAAGUCCCUCAUGAAGACUUGGGACGAUGAUGUGGGACUACAUGUCCUCUCACAUGAUCCUUAUCCUCUUCUAAUCACCACGUAGAUGUAGAAAUAAAACUCAUCAGCAUUU